UUCGAUAUAUACAUGAUUACUUUAUGAUUUUUAAUGUCACUUGUCUCUUGAUAUAAUUUUACAGCACAUUUACUGGAUGCAACAUAGUCCCACUUGAGUUGUACGUUAUGCUAUACAGCUGUAAUUUGCUUGACGUAAUGGGUUAGAGGGUGGUGGUAUAAGUGUUAGUUCUCCACGCCCGGGUUCGAGUAUACACAUGGCAACACGUGUUAAUAAAAUUAAAAUAUUACUUUACAGUGAAACCCCGUUUCCUCGAUAUUGUUUAAGGUGAUUUCACUUUCUGCACCUGGCAGAAUCCUUAUCGACACUAUAAUCUAAUGUCGGCAUAACACUUGUCUGGAUGUACAGUCGAUAUAUCAAAAGGCCUUCCAGUUAGCUAAGUUUCAGUGUACUACCCUACUUGAUGUUGAACAGUACUUUAAGCUAUCAAGCCUGAUAGACCGAUUUUAUACUGUGAAUUGCCCUGCAUGUCUUUUAUAUGAUAUAUGCACUGCCCACCUGGUAUCCCUUUACACGUUACAGCGUGGCUAUACACUGUAUAUUAUCUUAUGCAAUUCGGUUAAAAUAUUUUUUCUUUAUACAAAACGGUCUUCACCUUGCAACAUUGUAUGGAAGAUAUUUAACUAUUUUCUUCAAUUAAACGCCACCGCCUUUGUCUGUGUCAUUACAAAGAAAUACAGUUGGUGUCGAGCUGUAACCAUCCCCUACAUGUUAUAUGCCCAGCCCACCCCCGCCCCCAAUAUUACAUACAACGAUGUCGUAUUGUGAGUUUCCCCUAUAAACAGACGAGCAUAAUAAACCGUUAUCAACCAGCAUUGUUUAUUCCUUAAAACAGAACUGUACCAAUUUCGUUACAAGUAAUAUUGGUAAUGAAAACAAAAGAUGAGGGUACAUUGUCAACAGUUUGGUAAUAAAAACAAAAGAUGGGGGUACAUUAUCAACAGUUUGGAGGAUAUGGUCAGUGGUUCAGUAAUCGACCAACAAGACUGAAAUCAGCACCAGAUACUCCCUUUAAUCCUUCAGAAUGUCAGACUUGACAGUAAAUAUCCUGUAUGCCCACAACGGGCUACGUUGUAUCCCGCUCAAGGCCGUCGCGUUGUGAGCAUCACGCACAUGUUACAGGGAAGGCCGUCGCGUUGUGAGCAUCACGGACACGUUACAGGGAAGGCUGUCUCGUUGUGAGCAUCACGCACGCGUUACAUGGAAGGCUGUCUCGUUGUGAGCAUCACGCACAUGUUACAGGGAUGGCUGUCGUGUUGGGAGCAUCACGCACGCGUUACAGGGAAGGCUGUCUCGUUGUGAGCAUCACGCACGCGUUACAGGGAUGGCUGUCGUGUUGUGAGCAUCACGCACGCGUUACAGGGAAGGCUGUCUCGUUGUGAGCAUCACGGACGCGUUACAUGGAAGGCUGUCUCGUUGUGAGCAUCACGCACGCGUUACAGGGUAGGCUGUCUCGUUGUGAGCAUCACGCACGCGUUAUAGGGAAGGCCGUCGCGUUGUGAGCAUCACGGACACGUUACAGGGAAGGCUGUCUCGUUGUGAGCAUCACGCACGCGUUACAGGGAAGGCUGUCUCGUUGUGAGCAUCACGGACACGUUACAGGGAAGGCUGUCUCGUUGUGAGCAUCACGCACGCGUUACAGAGAAGGCUGUCUCGUGAGCAUCACGGACACGUUACAGGGAAGGCUGUCUCGUGAGCAUCACGCACGCGUUGCAGGGAAGGCUUUCUCGUUGUGAGCAUCACGCACAUGUUACAGGGAUGGCUGUCGUGUUGGGAGCAUUAUGCACGCGUUACAGGGAAGGCUGUCGCGUUGGGAGUAUCACGCGAAUGUUACAGGGAAGGCUGUCGCGUUGGGAGCAUCACGCGAAUGUUACAGGGAAGGCUGUCGCGUUGGGAGCAUCACGCACAUGUUACAAGGUAGGGCGACUAUGUGGCGGACAUGCAGGCUCGUGCAACAAAUACAGAGCAAAUGUAACAUUUGGUUAAAGAAAUGGCGGUGUUGAAGAUCUUCAUGACUUUCCCUGAAAGUAGUACUCGCAGCAGGCUAGAAUCGUUGUCUCAAAUUUAACCAGAAGAGCAAACAAAACAAUAAUAAAUAUUACGAUCCAAACUGCCUAUCAUCCCAUGUGAAUAUUUUUUCAUUGAAUGUUCAGUUUUUACAUCAGCUGUUAAGUAUGAAGGAUACUUGUGAUGUUAAUAUUGACUUGGGGCUGGCUGGCAAUGAUGCUUUACCUAAUCAUGUCAACGAAAACUUCUUUAUGAAUGUACAAGCAUAUAUGUAGGAAACAAAAUUGUUUGGGUGGGCAAUGUUAAUGUACGUACGUUUCCCUAUUUCACAUCUCUUCUUUCUGUCAUAUAAUGUAUGAGUUGUUAAUAUGCACACAUGAAAAUCAACGGGAAAGACUGACGGCUUGAGUCACCCCUCGUACGACCCUCUGACGCAGCACAGCACACGGGAAAAACCUUGUGCGUGGGUGACGGUUCAGACACACAAGACUACAACGGCUACUCCCCAUCCCCAAUCUUAGACCAGAAGGAGACAAUGACAGAGCGCCCCAGUGAGUUUCCGCUGACGGCGUUCACAGACCAGGCUGACCUGCAUCUACUGGGGGCAUCAGAUCUCCACUACUUGCAGUCACUUCCGGCAUGUACGUUCGUCUCGUUCGAUAGUCCACCAUCUCCGGAAGUUACGUAUCCUUACGAAAGGACGGACUUGACCCCUGUCAACCCACUUCACCUUAAGCGCCCUCCAUCAUACGAGGAGCACAUGGAACGCAGGGCGAUGGGGCACUGCUAUGGCCGCGACAACACAGACGGCAGUCUCCUCGUCGGGCUGUGCCAGACAAACCACACCACAGAGGCAUCAACGUGUAGAUCGGGUGAAGCGGCCGACACAGGAAACUUGCUGAACGACAUUAUGGACUAUAUUGUGCACGAUGGUCAAGAUACAUUCACACUCCCUGAAGUUGGUAAUGCACAACGGAAUGAACAGACUUUCCCGUCGCCGAAGUACACACACCUCUCGGCGAAACAGUCUACUACUGAAGAAUGUCAUAACAACCAAGUGACAGAUCUGAGACAAAUUGCAUCACUUCUACUGGCAGGUGGUGGCCAGGUACAACUGUGGCAAUUUCUUUUGGAGCUGCUCACAGACCAGGACAAUGAGGUGUGCAUUAAGUGGGAAGGUUCCGAGGGAGAGUUCCGAAUGACUGACCCGGAAGAGGUCGCGAGACGCUGGGGAUUCCGCCGCAACAAGCCCAAAAUGACAUAUGAUAAAGUGAGCCGGGCCCUGCGAUACUAUUAUGAUCGUCUUAUCCUCAACAAGGUACCUGGAAAGAGAUAUACGUACAAGUUCAACUUCAACAUGCUGAUGAAGAUGCAGAAGUCCCAUUCAGAGCCCAAAACACAUUCAUCUGCAAGUUUUCUGGCCGACAAAGGUGUUCUCCAUCGAUUGAUUGAAAGCACGACAAACCCAUUAAGCGCUAACCAGUCACCCCCAACUGAUGAACGUUUGUCACCAUUGUCUGUUCAAUGUGUGCUGUCACAGCAAUCUACACUAGAACCGCUGCAUAAGCCGAUGUGUUACAGUACAUCAAGUGGUUACCAGUGGUCUUGUCCAGACAGUAGCGUGAUGACACGAGACAUCAGUUCUCAGUAUCCAGUCUGUACCACCAGUUAUACACACAGUCACUCCCACAACACUGGUCAAAUUCUGGACGACAGCAAAUUUCACGAAGUUGGGACAAAACAGAGACUUGUUACUUGUGGUUAUUACUAAGGCUGACUGGUGUUAUUGGUUUGCAUUCGUUGAAUAAUAUCUCAUUUCUCCCCCUGCCAUGUACCACGUGGCCACACGUGUCAGAUUAUCAUAAUGUUCCAUGUUCGCACUCUUGUGGACAUUUCAGGUGAGAAAAGAUCCCCAGUAUGUCAUGUUUGUCGCUAGUGUCGACUAAAAUAGGUUCUAUAUAAGGCUCUGCCACAAUUGUGUGGCUCCGUGUCCCGGGGAUGUGGAACGUCACAGUCACGGCUGUGUUAUUAUCAUCAAAUCCAUUGUCUUUGUGUGCAAAAGUAUGUAUGGAUGUUCACGUCAUUCUUUAUUAUUUUCAUAUGGUAAUGAUACGUAUUCGACCUGAAUACACACUAGGUACGUAUGUUGAUAAUAACAUAAAUUCUUCCCACAUUGUAA